AAUGCGACCUGAGGCGCAGCAUGUUCCCUUUCGGACACCGUAAGUACUCGAAGCUUGGCACGUUAAAAAAAAAGGAUCAUGUACAAGGUAGCAGGUGUGGCUGCUGUGCCUGGAACCCUAUGCCUGAUUUCAGGGACUGUGUUUGCUGCCACCAAGGACAAUCCAAAUGUCACCUUAAAUACAGAUGAGCUCUCCCUCUACACUAUACCGCAGCAGAAGUUCCGCUAUGUGGAGCCGGAGAUAGGGCACUUGGAGCAAGGUGUUACCACUCUAAGGAAACUGGCAGAGCCCUACACUACUUGGUGUCAGCAAACAAGCCAUUCAGCAGUGGAACAUGUUCAGGGUGCCAUUGGACAAGUGAAGCCCAAGGUUGAAAGUGCCAUCCAAUUAGGAAAUGAGACUUUCACUUUCCUGCAAAACCCUCCUGCUGAAUUCUACCCCCGGGCUGGGGUCAUUGGUUUUGCUGGUAUCCUUGGACUCUUUCUUGCAAGAGGCUCCAGGGUAAAGAAGCUGAUCUAUCCUACAGGACUGAUGGCUGUGGGCUACACUAUGUACUACCCCCAGCAAGCCGCAUCAAUCGCCAAGAACACAGGAGACUCGUUGUACGAUUUUGCCCUGCAGGGCUACGUUAACGUAGAGAAGGUGUUCAAGUCAGUGGAGGGGAAGCCAAUGAAAAAAGAGAAACCAGAGGAAAAGAAACCAGAAGAAACCAGAUGAGAAGAGCUGCAGAGGCCAAACCAUGAUCGCAGCAGAUACGUUGUGAUACUAGGAUCGUGACAACAAAAACAAGAUUAGCAGUCUUCCCAGGUCCUCCCAAUGUAUGCUACCAUAAGUCAUGGUUAGGCUCGCUCCCAUUUGCGACUAAUGACCAGCUUUUGCACUAGCCUUUCUCUCUGGCAUUUACCCAGGAGGGGGCAGGACCUAUCACGAAGUUUUAAACUUUAUGUAUUGAAGGUUCAGCUUUGUGAUUUGAAUGUAUUUAUGUAGACCGGAAUAAAAUCUAUAUUGUACGAUC